AGAGAGACUGACACCAAAAACAAAGACAAAUUCUAUUUUGUGGACCACCCUACCACAAUUUACUUGCAUUUUUCCCCAACCCACAAGCCUACAAUACUAAUCUCAGGCAGCUUAACUUAGCUUAAAAACAUGUUCUCUGAUCUUCUCUCUUACUUAUAGUACUUUGUUUACUUUUUAAAGUCAUUCAUUCCUGGGUUUCAUAAAUUUUGAUAAUGAUCUUGGGCAGGAUGGAUUACAGGCAAGCAGCAACAGAAAAUGAUAAAGAUCUGAUGGGUAGACACUUUUAGUGGUUUAUGUGUAGAAUAUACACAAAUACAAUUAGGGUUUAAGAGGGGAGGGGGGACCAUGUUUUGCUGCAGUCUGUUUGAAGUGGAAGAACAUGUUUCUGUCGGUUGAUUAAUCUCUAACUCAUCAUCUUCAUUCAAUCAAAACACAUAGAUUAAGCUUUGACUGUUGGUAGGAAAAAAACUAAACUCACCUACCCUAACCUUCUCUUCAUACCUCUCACUCUCUAAUUAUUCUCUCUGGCUCUACUGUUUCAAAUGUUUUUCGUAUGGGAUCUAUUUGUUUAAGGUAUUAUAUUAAGACCCAGUACUUUGUUUUUUAUCUUGGAAGUUUUUAUUUUAUUUUUAUCCAUUCUUGAGAAUGUUUUGUUGAUCAAUAACAAGCUGCCUCUCUCUAUAUCUUUUCUAUUCGCUGCUCUCUUCAAACUUACUUGCAACAUAUAUUACACAUGCAUAAAGGUUUAGAGGAGAAAUAUGGGUUUGAUGGGUUUAACACCCACAAACCCAUAGAAAGGAGUUAGUAGUUUAGUUAGUUAAAUGUGAUUAAUUAUCUGAUGAUGAAAUGAGAUUAUGAGUUUGAAAAGAAGAAGCAGCUAGUGUGUGUACAGACCAGAGAGAGCAAAAGAGAAGUAUUAAUCUGGUCGUAAUUGAAUUGGACAAGAUGGAGUUUAGAGGGACAGAUAAAAGAUCAAUGCCAAGUUCAUCAUCAUCAGCUUAUAAUAAUAAUCCAUCAAUUGUUAGGGAUCAACUACCAUCUUUUAGUGCUACUACAACAUUACUUUCACCAACAAGUGGUAGAGGAGGAGGGGAAAGAAGAAGUAACAAUGGAUCAACUUCAGCUCAUCAUCUCUAUCAAAAUCAAGUUCUAGAUCAGCAUCAGCAUCGUCAACGAGUGCCUGUUGACAACCAGCCGGAUCCAGAUCCAAUUUCGAUUGCAGGUAUUGAUACACCACCAGUUGCUUCACCAAUCGCUAUCGAUGGGUCAACAACGCAAUCUCUUACGACAAUUCGAUACCGCGAAUGUCUCAAGAAUCACGCAGCGAAUAUCGGUGGGCAUGUUGUUGAUGGAUGCGGAGAAUUCAUGCCAAGCGGCGAGGAAGGAACAAGGGAAGCUUUGAAAUGUGCAGCUUGUGAUUGUCAUAGAAACUUCCACAGAAAACAAGUUGAUGGAGAAUCAUUAGGUGCAAAUUGUUACUAUUGUUACUAUCCCGGUAACAAGAACGAUAGAGGAAGUAGAUCGGUUCCACCACGUUCUCACUCUCAUCAUCCAUUAACAACUCCAACUACAACAUUCCUACCAACACAACUACAACAACAUCAAAGUAAGUUUCAUCAAUUAGGGUUGCCAAAUAGUCCUCCAUCAGGUCCAAUUCAACCAAUGAUGAUGGCAUUUGGGGGCGGCGGCGGUGCUGAGUCCUCGAGCGAAGAACACAAUAUGUUUGGCGGGAUUGGGCAAUCAUCUCACCCAGGUUCAUCAAAGAAACGAUUUAGAACUAAAUUCACUCAAGAACAGAAAGACAAAUUGUUGGAAUUUGCGGAGAAGAUUGGAUGGAGAAUUCAGAAACAAGAUGAACAAGAAGUGCAACAAUUUUGUGCAGAAGUGGGUGUUAAGCGUCAAGUUUUUAAAGUUUGGAUGCAUAAUAACAAGCAUGUUAUGAGGAAGAAAGAGUUGUAAUGAAAAUCUAGUAGAUAGAUUGGUUGGUGUAGAGAAACCGAAGAGUGUAUGUGAUCAGAGAGAUAGAGGAACCCUUAGGUCCAAAAUGUGUUAUUAAUGUUACUAGUCAUCAAAGUUCUCUAUUCAAUCCUUCACCCUACGUGUUUAAGAUAUAAUCUCAUACUACAUGGAACCCUAAUAAGA